GAUUUUUUUCUUUCUUUUUCUCAGAAUCCUCCAGCUCCUAAUUUCUUGUGCCGUGCACAGCGUUCUCUAAGGUUGUUGGUCGCACCACUUUGCGCGAUCAAGGGCAGACGGAGCACAGCCCAGGCCACAGCAGCCAGACAUUUUCUACAGGCCCUUUUGAGUUCACCAUGACGGCCAGGACGUAGACGUACAGGAAGAGAGAAGCUGCCGCUGAGCCUCAUACGUUCUUACCCCGCGCAAGGAUUAUUUGGACGCUUCUCUCCGAUUCCAAAGAACGGGAACUCGGUGAAACCAUGAGUUCUGAGACAAUUCCCUCCAAGUCGGAGGUCAUGGGUUGGAACGCACCCCGGCUGGCAGAGUACAUGAGAAAGCUGGACCUGGGAGGCUGCGACAAGGUCAUCAUGAAGCACAGCAUGAAUGGGCCGCGUUUCCUGAACAUGUCUGACAAUGACCUGCAGAAGUUCCCCAAGAUUCAUGCACCGUACAUCGCCAAAAUCUGCCAAGAAAUAAAGAGAAAAGAAGAGAAGAAAACAGGAUUUUUUAUAAGAAACAAACCACCACCGAAGAACUGGGAGCCAGAGCCGGUGCAGCAGGAUCAUGGCUGGGAUUCCGAGGAAUUUGACCAGAGCGAUGACAACUACGAGAGCCCCGAUGCGGAAGAUGACGAUGCAGACGACGGCGAUUACGAGUCCCCGACAGAAGGGGACCCUAACGGGGGAGGCUUUGAAAACGACAACGAUUACGAGCCGCCACCUUCCGGCCCUGAGGAGAUGGUGAAGCAGAUCUGCCCUGCCAAGCCCAUGGGCGAGAGUGACUACAUAGACAAUACCCGCAACCGUGUCGUUUCGCUGAAGACAGCUCAGAACAUGCCCCCGACUCCACCGGAGCGCCCAGGAUCUGGGCCACCUCCUCCUACCGCAGCCCGUCCAGGGCCUCCCUGUCCCGGUCCCCGGCGAGAUCAGUCUCCGUCGAAACCCUUCAGGGCUCCAAACAUGCCUCCAACAGUGGACCGAACCAAAAAGCCAGGCUCUGUGGAACGAAUCUUGCCGGGUCAUCCAGACAGAGAUCUUCAGUUAUCAGGACGGAAGCCCGGUGGUGUCACCGACAACCCUGCUCCACCGAGAAGGCCCCUGCCUGGAGAGAAAACUGAAAUGCCUCGACUGCCCAAACCACCGCUCCCUGGAAUGGUCAACAGGUCCAGUUCUUCCGUUGGAAAGUUCCCGUCGUCACCCAGGCCCAGUCUGCAAGAAAGCAGAAAUGAUCUGCAAGACGAUGUAGGACACAUGCCAAGGCCAGGAGGAGGGGCUGUGUCCAACUCCAACACCUUCCCCUUGCCCUCCCGUGGUCUGUCACCCCGACCAGGGCCCGCUGCGCAUCCAUACUCUUCAGAAAGCGUGCCCUCUAACAUUAUGGGAGGCGGAUCCCUGCCAUCCAGGCUGAGCGAAGUGCUGAGCGGUCACCGGGCCCCACCACAAGGUCCCAACAGGCACACAUUGCCACCACCUCAGCCCAGGCAACCGCCACCGAUGCUGCCGGAGCCGGAUCCAGACGACGAUCAGGAUCUCGACCCGCUGUGGUACGUGGGUCAGGUGACCCGAGGACAGGCGGAAGGCUAUUUAAGGGCCAUCAACCAGGACGGCACGUACCUUGUACGGGACAGUUCGAGGAGGUCAUCGGUCCAGCCGUACACCCUCAUGGUGCUCUACCAGGACAAAGUGUACAACAUCCAGAUCCGCUACAACAGCGAAAAAGACGUCUUCCUACUAGGCACCAACACGAAGAACCGCGAGACCUUCAUGAGGGUGAGGGACAUCAUUCAGUUCCACACCCAGGUGCCACUUCUUCUGAUUGAAGCAAAGGACCGUGGGGCAGGACCACAGAAACAGUGCCCACUGAUAUACCCGGUACAGUACCGAUGACCACCCUGCGCUCUGCUCCCCGACUUGCGCGCUUGAUGAGAGAACCAGGAUGAAGAAGUGAGGAACUGGGGCAUCGUGAAGAAUAUCAGAGAAGUUCUGCGAGCUCCAGAAUUGCCCUUCAUUGCUGAAGAGACACACAGAAUCCUCAACUCCUUUGCAAGUCCUUCGCAACUAAGCAGUUCUACUAUCACAAUGUAUUACUAUUUAAAUAUUUCUUUCCUUUUAAACCGUUGUUCUAUGUUGUAAAGAGCUUAUUGGAUUUUUAGACAGAUGCAACGAUUGCUACUUCCUCGGUGUCUUUCACUGCGUUUCUUUAAGAACCACAUUACGAAUUUCACAAGACGGCGUCUGGAUACCAGGCAGCUCGCAGGCGCGAUGAUGGAAAUCCCAGUUUUAAUGCAAAUAGCCCUCAUCUUUCAUGGAUUGACCCUGAAAGUUUUAGGAACUUUUUUUUUUUUUUUUUUUUUUUUUAAGUUACAGCCAUUUCAAGGCAGAUGGUUUUCUGAGAUUUAGAUUCGCAAGAUUAUUUUCUGCAUUGCUCCAUGUACGUGACACUUCUCUCUAAAUUAACUUACAGUGUUGAUCUACCCACAGUUGUUUACCCA